AUGGCCAAACUCACAACCACGACAGAAGAGGUCACUACCGACAACCACAACAUCAGCUGGACUCCGACUUCCGGGGAAAGAAGCUGCAUCCUCGCCUACCAGAUCACGGCCGUGACAAAGAGAGUCACCCAUACGGACGAAAGCACGCCUGAAUUUGCCCUGUACAAAAAUAGUCUAUUUGAAAGCUGUUCGAAAAACACCACGGCCGAGGUCGACUGUGCCCUGAUUGAGGUAGACCUCACCGGUGGCUCCCUCACGCGGCAGUGGAUCGAAGACCACCGCACGGAGAAAGAACACAACUACUUCAUUUCCCGGCCUGAGUACAGGGUCUACUCAUCUCCCAGUAAUGGGCCACAGGUCUCAACUACAUAUACAUGGUGCGAGCUGGCAAGCUGCCUCGAAGGCUUCAAGGUCAUCCCGUCUACCCCGAGGGACAGCGCCUACGGCUUCACGGCGAUGAAAGCAUGGUCCUACCUGACCAUGACAGCGUUCUUAGUCUUGCUGGAUCUCCGAAAGAUUCUGUUCCACCCCGACAAGUGCAAGGGCAUAAGCGCCACGGGCUGGCUCCAGCUGGUCCUUCCCGUCGCCUCCAUAGGGUGGUGGGGGCUUGCCACGCUCGUGCGCGGACCCAACGGCGCAGAACCCGUGUCACUGGACGAAUGGAUCGUGACGUGGGCCUUGAUCUCCUCAUUGGAUUUUCACCCCUGGCGCUGCUCGCACCCGGACUCCAAGCCCAGGAAGGCCAUCAGGUGGGCCCUGCACGUCGUGCUGUUCGCCCAGUGGUGCGCCACCAUCCACGCCUUCCGGCUGCAGGACCGCGAGGUCUUCCAGCGGUACGACUGCCUCGCGUCCGGGAUCGACGCCGCGCCCGGCACCUCGUCCUGCGCGGCCGAGGACCUGUGCUCCAAAACGUGGCUGUUCAGCAACCCGGAGCUGCUCAGCGACAGCGACGAGACCGCCCUCAUGUUCUACAAGAUCCCUGCUGGCAUUGCUCUCGCCGUCUAUCCCUUGUCCCUCGUAUGGCUCGCCGCAAGACUGCUCCUGGGAAGGUCAUACUGGACACCCCAGAAGCUGAAGGAGUGGUUCGGCGAGGGCGGCGUGGACAGGAUGUCGUCCGUCAUUCGGCUCUUCGUAGCCUUGCUGUUUGGCUACCUCGGUCUGUGCUACGCCAUCGUUAUCUUCACAUCCCCAAACCUCAGCUUCGACUUUGAUACCCCCGGUGGCGCAGCCACGCUUGCUUAUGACUUGAGUUGUCGGGCUUGUUGGAAGGUGCGAGGGUCGUAUGCCCAUACGCUAGCGCUGCAAGGGUCGUAUGCCUAUACGCUAGCGCUAACUUACAAAUAG